UUUAUGCGUUCCCAUCCACAACUGUAGGAGCGAGGGACGAAGAGAGUCUAUAACAUUUCAUAGAGACAGGACGGGGCAUAAUUUUACUUACCUCAGCGUAAGUUUGGUUUGCGUCGAUCACAAAAUCAGGGUCAGCGCUUGCUUUUAGGCUGCACGCCUCGCUCUGCGACCCCCUCUUGCCCCAGGCGUACGUCUGGAGAGCCGGGGAGAGGACCAGGAACGGCGGCUUCUCGGAAGACAUGGUUUCUCUCUCGUUUUCUCUCUGGGGUGAUGGUGCGCUCUUGAUGGAGUAAAGAAGACCCACGUGGAAACCGUUUUCCUCCGCGCACCUGGAGUUUACGGAGGUAUAAGAAUGGCGGAGAAUAAACUUCUUAGAUGCUCGUGUAUGAACGUGCAAUGCGACUGGAACGAAGCAGCAGCGAGGGAGGCGGGGCAAUUCUGGGUGUCUUGCAAGAGACCAGGCAGUCAGACAGUACACGGUCACCUGAGGAGAAAUGGAGACACCAUUGAAUCAGUCGACGACAAAUUCACAGUCACUUACGCCACACCAGACUCGGUGACGGUACAAUGUAACUAUACCGACGGUGGGUGCAAAACUACGUUCAUCCGACCAGUGAAAACGCUCCACUUACAUCAGAAAAAGUUGACUGGUAUGGACAUAUCGGGGAGUGGUGGUCUGGGUGUAUGUGUGUCUGAGAACGGGAAGGCAUGGGUAUGGGACCCAGACAAUGGAGAAACCAGGAGAGAGUUGAAAGGUCACGUGAUGGAUGUUGAGACGUGUCGUUUCUUCCCCUCGGGGGUCGUCAUCCUAACCGGAGGGGUCGACAUGAGAUUGAAGAUUUGGUCCGCACAGGAUGGCUCCUGCCACCGGACCCUCGUGGGACACACCGGGGGCGUUAGCGACACAGCCAUCAUCGACAAGGGAAGAAACAUUGUGUCUGUGUCGCGUGACGGUACAGCUAGACUAUGGGACUGCGGGACGGCUCGAUGUCUUGACAAACUGACAUCCAUCCGGCAGCCAAUCAACAGUUGCUCUCUCUCUGCCAGCGAAGUCGUGGCUCAGAGAAACCCCUCGCUACCACUUGACCCAGAGUGUGGGACAAACGACAAACUCCUAGCUCUAGCCUGUGGAGACCGGUACCUGAGAGGAGUGGACGUUAGAAGUAGAAAAUCGGUGUUUCAGUUGUCUUGCGGCGAUAGCUGUCCUCAGUCGUGCGUAUUUGUGUCCGAGUUUGACCUGGUGUGUGGAUGUGAUGAUGGACUUGUCACGCAACUGGACAUUCGUAUGCCCGAACAGGCCCUACAGCUGUACCAUGCAUCGUCCGCCAUCACCAGCCUGUCUGUCUUCAACACUCAGAGCUGCAUUGCCGGAUACGCUGAUGGGUCAGUUCUGGUGUGGAGGUGUGACAAUCUUUUCACGCCAGUCUCCAAACUGACUGGACCUGAUAUUGAUCAUGUGACCAACAUCUGUCUCCGUGGUGACAAGAUUUACACCAGCUGUCGCGACGGCUUCGUUCGCAUUUAUUCAACUGAGCAUAUAUCUCUAUCAUAACACCAUCUACUAAUAAACUGUUACCUAAUUAUAUAUAAAAGUAUUGUGUUUAAAACACAUAACUGUACAAGUUUACACAAAGACUGGAAACUUUUAUAUAUCAACAGCCAUAUCGUACUUUCUUACAAAAAGUUUUUCAGCCCAACCGGUUCGGUUUAUGGAGUUAUCGGUGGAAGGACUUCAUUCUGAGUGCUGUGAUGCAAUCUUCGAACGAAGGCCUCUUCUGGGCAUUUUCCUCCCAACAUGCCUCCAUUAGGUCCUUCAGAAACUCGGGGAUACUGGCAUCCCCAGAAAUUUCCGGUCUGAGGCCAUCCAAGACUUUCAUGGCCAAAAACACGCUGUUCUUUUCCUUGUGGUACGGCAGCUUUCGCUCAAAUAGUUCGUAGAGGACGCAACCGUAGGAGAAAACGUCGCAGUUCUUGUCUAUGAUUGCGUCGUCUUCCUUCAUGAUCUCGGGGGCCAUCCAGCGAUAGGUGCCACGUACCGUGGACUGCUCGCACGUGUCAACCACCGCGCGAGCCGUUCCGAAAUCACACACCUUCAUUUCCAUGUCGGAGGAAAUGAGAACGUUGCCCGAUUUGAGGUCGCGGUGAACGAUGUGAUGACCGUGAAGAUGUUCCAUGCCGUAGCCAAUCUGCUUGGCCCAGGAGAUCGCCUGGAGAUCGUCGAAAUCUUUGUUGUCAGUGUGGAUGAAGUCGUACAGAGAACCUUCGGUGACAAGCUCCGUCACUAUGAAAGUGGCGUCUUCGGAAGUCGACGUAGCGUAGAAGAAAACGACAUUUGGGUGGCGUGGAAGAACGCUCAGAAUCUCGGCGUCAAACGGUUUGUUGAAGCAUUUCUUGAUCGCAACUUCGACGUUUGAUUUCGGUUUCCAUUUCCCCGCGUAGACAGUGCCGUACGCUCCCUCGCCGAGCUGCCUCCCGAAUUCUAGUUCCUCGAGAUCGAUGAUGUAACUCCGUUUCGAGCGAGCGGAGAGAUGGCCCAAACCCCCCUCUCCAUUCAAAGACGUUUCCUGGCGAUACAUUUCUGAGGCUCUCCGUUGCUGUGCUGCGCAGACAGCUCCCCGCCUGGCAGAGGCUGGCCCUUCAGCUCAUUGCUGGUCGGCGACUGCGAACUGCUCGCCGACUGCGAACUGCUCG